CACGGUGCGCGUACCAGCGCGACGCGUCGGCAAAUAACCUCAAUCUGCAUACUGACUGUUAUUUCGAAGGUCUUCUUUUCUACUGAGUGUUUUAAUUGGUGCUACCAGCAGAAGUGAGAUAGAUCAAGCACCGCCAUGGCUGCACUGUCGGGGGGAGAGAUGUGCGUCAAAUAUCUGAUGUUCGCCUUCAACCUCGUAUUCUGGCUUGCAGGCACUGCUGUCUUCACUAUAGGCCUGUGGCUGAGAUUAGACCCACAGACCAAAGGCCUGUUUGAAGAAACAGACUCUCCAAAUGUGUUUUACACGGGUGUAUAUAUCCUGAUAGCAGCUGGAGCUCUAAUGAUGGUAGUGGGUUUUCUGGGCUGCUGUGGGGCCAUCCAGGAGUCCCCAUGUAUGCUGGGAAUGUUCUUCUUCUUCCUGCUUAUCAUAUUUGCCAUUGAAGUUGCGGCUGGUAUCUGGGUAUUUUCCAACCAAAGCAAGGUGGUAAACGACAUCACAUCAUCCUACAUGCAGACCUACAAGAAGUUCAAGAUGCCAAAUUCAGAUAAGAGACUCAGAGACACUCUGCGGAUGAUUCAAACUGGGCUGAACUGUUGCGGGCCAACUGGUACGGUAGAAGAGGCUGACAAAGACACCUGUCCCCAGGGAGAGCUACUUGAGAAGCUCAUUACUAAGAGCUGCCCUGAUGCCAUUGACGAGGUGUUUGACUCCAAGCUACACAUCAUUGGAGGAGCCGGCAUCACCAUUGGGGUUGUUAUGGUGUUUGGGAUGAUCUUUAGCAUGCUCCUGUGCUGCGCCAUCAGGAAGUCUCGGGAGGUGGUGUGAGUCCCACCAUCACAUCCUGUAGUCCUUUAUUAACGUUGCAUGAUGCUAUUCCUAGAGUCACAUGACUCUCCACUGCCAUAAACACUGCUUGUUCAAGUGGGACAAUCUAAGAUAGGCUGUGUGCGGAUAUCUCUGAUUAGUACAUAAUACAUCAGCUAUAACUGUGCUACUGACACUUAGGCCAACCCUUUCUGGAAUAUAUAGAUGCAAUGUGGUUAUAAGGCCCAACUAUAGAAUGGGUGUCAUCUGUGCUUCAGUGGCAAUGUAUUGACGACAUAAUUGUGUGGUCAUUUGACUGUAAUUAGUGUUUGUGAACUGCUAAUUAUCUAAACAAAAGAUCAUAUUAUUGUAUAUGGAUCACAUUUCUAUUGCCAUCACUUGACAGCCAGAAGAAUCAUGGAUCAGGGCCUCAGAAAAGGCCACUACCAUCACUACAGCAAUAGCCAAUGAAAUUCUACAGUCCUUUUUUUUACAACACAGAUAUAAAACUAUGGUGACUAUAGCCGAUUCAAUGCUAAGCUGGGAACUGCGGUCAGUGUGGUUCACCUAGCUCGGUAUUAGAGUAGCAUCUCGGUUUCUACAUUGUGACAUUUUAUGUGUACCCUUCCUAUUGUCUCCAUCCCUAACAUGCCCUUUCUAAAAACGCCUUUUCAUUUUUUGUCAAGUUUGUAAAUGUCUUUUUUUAUUUGUAAAAGAUUUAUACACAUAGAUGGUUGUAUGGUACAUGUGUUUUAAAUUUGAUGAUGUAUUUUAUAAUGUUCUUUCCAUGUUACAUAGACUGGACUUGAUUUAUACCAUAUGCACUAUGUUUCACAGAGGCAAAAUUAAUGAGAGCCGAAUAAAAGAAAUUGUACUGAC